UCUGCGUUCAGCUUUUGUUGCGAAAGGUUGUCGUCAUGUCGACGGAGGAUUCGUUGGUUGAAAUUCCACGCGGCGAUUGGACUAAACUGCGAGAUUUGUAUGUGGCCAGAGAUACGGAUCCCCAAGGCUAUCCGUGCAUAAAUAAUUACAUUAAGUGGGUGGAGAUAGACCCGCAACUGAAGGUCACUUUCCUCUCGUUGAAUGGCGACUGGCAGAGCGAUGGAACCUUUGUGCUAACCUUAGGUUCGGAUACUCAUUUGAACCACAUUUACUUCAACACACUGAGCGAAAACUUGGAUCGAGUGACGAAAGCGUUAGAAUGCCUCAAGUCCUUUGAGAAUGAAUACGUUUUCUUCGGCUUUUGUUCGCGAUUGAAGCCUGUGGUGGAGCAUAUUGGCAACAAGUAUUAUGCCAACAAGAAGCUGCACAUUGUGGAGACCGUUUGGUACGCGGCCAGCAAAGAACUCGUAGAUACAUUUACCAUUCAGCUUCCUGCGGGCAUAACUCUACAGCACUUGAUCCUCGAAGAUGCCGAAACCAUCAACGAAAUCUGGCCACAUAAUGGACCCGGCACCAUUGACUUUGUGAGAAGUUUAAUUAAAUAUAAUAUUAAUGUGGGAGCUUAUGACAAAGGAAAUUUGGUUGCCUGGUGUCUGCGAUUGCCAAUUGGAUCCUUGGGUCUGCUGCAGGUUCUGGAGUCACAUAAACGCCUGGGUCUCGGCAGCUUGCUGGUGAAGUCGAUGGCUAAGAAGAUUUCUGCAGCUGGAGAUCAGGUUUUGGCGCCAGUAGUAACGAAGAACACCCCCUCGAGGAGCAUGUUCGAGAAACUGGGUUUCCGUGCCAUAGACAUUACAUAUUGGGCUGACUAGCAAACAAACAAAUAUUCUUAUUAAAAUAAAUAUAGCUGAACAAAG